AUGAAGGACCAACACGAACUUUGCUUUGACUCGAACUACUAUACAUUACAGCGAUACGAGAAUACUAACUGGACAAACACUAUUAUCCUAGUGCAGCCAGCAUCCAUCGUGUUUCAAUUACUGCCCACAUCUGGCAGCGAGGCGACACCGCUCCUACAGCCCGACUUCACCUGCGACGCUCCAAACAGAAGCCCUCCCACAAAGGACAGGGUCAUUCAGUGGCGGGCGGCAUGGAAGCAUCACUUUUCUCAGUGGUCAGCCCUGUACAUCUGUAGCCUUUUCAUCCUCCUCGUCGACGUCCCCAACUUUCUAAGCGAAGUCCCAAAGUUGCGUAUGCUUGAAGUCGGUCUUUGUCGCGAUCACUACGCUGCCACUGACCCAAGCGUCAUCGGCCGCGAUGGUUCAGUUCCAGAGCAUCUCUGCAAGGUCCACGAGAUCCAAAGCGCUCUUGCUAAGAUGAGAGGUAUUCUUGGCAUGAUUGAGGGUAUCCCUGGUCUCAUACUCGCUAUCCCGUAUGGUGUCCUGGCCGAUAGCAAGGGCCGGAGGUUGGUCACGGGUCUUAGUCUACUAGGCUUUGUACUCAGAGACAUCUGGACUUUCACUGUACUUUUCUUUCAUCGAGUAUUUCCUGUCCGUGCUGUCUAUGCUGCACCGGCUUUCUUGGUCCUCGGAGGGGGUUCUACUGUUAUCAGCCCCAUGAUCAUGGCCAUCAUUGCUGCUGCAGUCCCGGAAGCAUCACGAACAGGGGCUUUCUUCUGGGUGCAGGUUGUACUUCUCAUUACUGAGCUGAUUGCGCCACCACUCGGUGCAGUUCUCAUGAAUGCAUUAGGACCGCAUUUUGCUUUCCUCACGGCGGUGCCACUUGAAGCUCUGGCCUUUGUGGUGCUCGGCUUUAUCCCCAGCACAGGAGCAUCUGAUAGUGUCCCAAGCAACGACAUGGAGACUACGGAAGCAGAUCAAAGCCCAUCACCCAAUGGUCAAGGUGAAGAGCCACCAAGUGAUCAAGACUCAUCAAAGAAUAAGGCUCUGCAGGCUCUGUUACACCUUUCACAGAACAUCCGAUAUGGUAUUCAUACUUUGGGCGGUCAAAGACGCCUUCUAGUGGGCCUCCUAUCACUGAUUGUUGCAAAGAUGGCUCGAUCGAUGCUAGAACUGAUCUUGCAAUACAUGUCUGUGAGAUUUGGAUGGCCGCUGGCCAAGACGGCAUUCCUGCUCUCGAUCCAAGCUGCGGGUCAGAUUCUGCUUUUUGCUGUAGUCCUACCGCAAGUCAAUAUAUGGCUCAUCAGGAGAAUGAAGACAUCUUCAGCUGCAAAUCUCGCACUGGCUCGAGUGUCAAUUCUCCUCCUCGCUGUUGGUUCACUCUGCAUGGGUCUCACUGCUGCUAUUCCGGCAUUUAUAAUUGCGUUCUUUGGAUACACGCUUGGCAACGGAUUUUCACCCGCCUUACGAUCUCUCCUGACAACCAUGAUACAUCCAGAUCAUCUAUCACUCUUAUUCACUGCAAUCGCCGUGUUUGAAGGUAUCUCGACCAUUGGUGCCUCGCCACUCCUUGGGCUGUCAUUCUCUGUUGGCUUGGACAUUGGAGGUAUUGCUCUUCUCAGCGCUGUAGUCAUCUUAGUCAAGACCUGUUCCAACGACCAAGUAUACAUGGGUAUCCCAAAUGCUAAACCGUCGGUCCAAACCAUGAGCCAUAGGUUCAACAUGCGUCAGGUGGCGUUCGGUGUUGGUCUCCUCAACCGCCACUACGGCGUUGCACCCAGCGAGAAGAUCAUCGAGCUCGGCCCAGUCUCCUCGCCCUGGGUUGUAGGUAAUGACGAAGCCAUCACUGGCGGCUCAGUCCUCCAUCACACCUGGCGCAUCGUCCUUAAGCCCACUAAGAAGUCCAAGUUCAUGCCGCAGCGCGAGAUCUCCAACGUCGAUCGACCUGUCUUUCUGACUACCCUUGUUAAAGAGCUAAUCAGCGUGCUGCAAGAGACAGGACUCGAUGAUGUUCGCAGCAUCGUUAUUCCUUGUACAGGUCUUAUUGGUUCCAAGGAAGACUUAAAGGCUCACUGUGGUAUUUGUGCUGCCCGCAUUGCUAAGGAUGCCAUCAAGGCCAAACAUGGAAUGGGUGUUGCGAAGGUUGCCGAUAAAGGUAUGACCGCUCACGAUGAUAUUUGCGCUACACGUCUCGCUAAAAAGCGAUAG